UGUUUAUUGCAUUCGAAGAUUUUGAAUUUGUGUGUGUUGAUUUUGUCGCAGUCGACGUUGAGGCAAGCGAAUUUCAAAGGCGCCAAGUUAUUAGGUGCUAGCUUCUUUGAUGCCGAUUUAACAGGGGCUGAUCUUUCUGAUGCAGAUCUAAGAGCUCUGGACUCUUCCUUGGCCAAUGUGACAAAGGCAAAUAUGAGCAACGCUAACUUGGAAGGUGCAGAUGCCACUGGCAACACAUCUUUCAAAAGGUCAAAUAUCAUGGGUGUAGAUGUGCCUUUGAGAGAAGAUCAACGUGAAUAUCUUUGCAAAGUUGCUGAUCGAAGCUGCAAUUUUCAUGAAUGGAGCUUGUUACUAAAUGUGAAGUAACUAUUGUAUGGUAUGUAAGUAAUUGUGCCUUCCAUUUGUUCAGAUGUAUACAUAAACACACACAACUAUUUCCAACCAGCUACGAUCUAAAAUAAACACUUUUAUCUUUUCUUUUUCUGUACCUUUUACCUGGUAUUGCCUAUUACAUUCACUGAAAUUUCGGUUUUGUGUUAAUGACCAUUGUCGGAGGCUUAGGUGAGCAGUCCGCUGAACUCUUAUCUGUUCAUUGUUUCUCCCCAUGGACAAGUAAACCAUUAUUGGCCUCAGCUUUCACCAGGUAUUACGUCUUAAUUUAUCACUUAUUUUGUUCAGUGAGAUCAUCAUAUUAUGCUUUUGCGUCUUAACUCAUCACUUUUAUCCAAAUAGAUUAGCUCCACUGAGAGAUUAUCAAAUAGCAAACCACAUUAAACAUGUUAACCCAAUGCUUGGUGUAGUGAUGAUAUUCAACUGAUCCACAACGUUUGAUCGAUUCCAGUCUGUUUUGCUUUCAAUAUAUUAAUUCCCCAUUAGCACUUAAUCAACCUCCUAUCAUUACAAAUUGUAAACUUUUCCCUCAAUCAUAAUAGCUCCACUGCCUUUUUUUCCUUUACCUUUCCCUCCUUUUGUUGCUUUGUCCGUAGACCUUUCAAAACCACCAAAUAUGCUUUCAACCUUUCUUUUUCAAUUUUUUCUCCUUAUUUUCACCCUUUGAGUAGACAAAUGCAAUGAGUUUUGGAGUGGAUGGGAAAGUUGUGGAUUUAUCGUACCCUUCUUCAUUUGCUAGUGCGGCUGCUUUCAGGCCAUUUGGUGUGUGUCUUGCUACAAUUGGUCAAGUUGCAAGUGCAAUUUUAACCCUUGUUGAUAUGAGCCUAGUGCUUCCUCUACCACCACUGAAACUAAAAAGCCACCCCCGUUAAACUUU